AUGCCCUUUCCCGAUCCUGCUGGCAGUUCGUUGCAUCCGGAGCAGCCCUCUCAUGACCCCCAAGCCGACGGUCUUUCUGGCGUCCCGGAUGCCAGCGCAGACUACAACGGGGAAGCUUCCGAUGCUUUCACGGACCAAGGCGCAAAUGCCGGACCGGUGCCAGAUGCGAUAGCAGAGGGGAAACAGAACGCCAAAGCCGUCCUGGCAGCUUCGGGGGUACCUGUCUCUGCAGAAUCUAGCAACGACGCGUCCAAUGGCAAGGCGUCGCCCUCUUCCCCGUCGAAUGGUGCAAAUGGUUCAGCCUCAAGUAGAAAACGAUCCCGUGAUGGUUCCGUCCUCCGGCCCUCUUCUCCCACUGAAACCUUAGCUGUGCGCGUCCGAGAAACACCUACAGAUAAGAUCCUGCUGGAGCAAUAUGUCAACCGGGAGUUUCAACACUCGGCUUUAACCGUAUGGCACAACCCAAGCCAAGACUUGCAGCAACAGAAGCGCGCCGAACGAGAUUAUUUCCUGACUUUGCGACGGGAAAACCAUUUGAACCCGGCAGCCCUGUACGGUACUGGAUAUGAAGGUUUCGGGAACGCGCGAACCGAUCUACGAAACCAGCACCCUCAAUUAUUGUAUCCGUCCAACCGACGUCGUCCCGGAUCUAGGAAGACCAGAGAACUGCGGAUUUCACGCAAAGACCUGAAGACACAAAAUGAACAGGUGGAAGACCUAGUACCCAUUCGGUUAGAUAUCGACUGGGAAAAGAUAAAGAUCCGCGAUACAUUUACCUGGAACCUCCACGACCGUGUCGUGUCCCCCGAUCUGUUCGCCGAGAAGAUGGUGGAGGACAUGGGCCUCCCCCUCGAAACUUGUAUUCCUUUGAUACGAAUGAUUUCGCAAAAUAUCCAGGAGCAAUUAUCAGACUACUACCCUCAAAUUUUCAUGGAAGAAGAGGCUCUCGACCCAGAGCUACCAUACAGUGCUUACAAGAACGACGAAAUGCGCAUUUUGGUCAAGCUGAACAUCACCAUUGGCCAGCAUACGCUGAUCGACCAGUUCGAAUGGGACAUGAAUGACCCUACCAAUUCGCCCGAAGAGUUUGCGGCGCGCAUGACCGAUGACCUUUCCCUCUCAGGCGAAUUCACAACCGCAAUUGCUCACUCAAUCCGUGAACAAUCGCAACUCUUCACCAAAUCUCUCUACAUUCUCUCCCAUCCAUUCGACGGCCGCCCAAUUGACGACCCAGAUCUCAAAACCUCAUUCCUUCCUACACCUCUAUUGUCUCCUUUCCGACCAUUCCAAGCCGCAAAAGAAUUUACACCGUAUUUGUACGAAUUAAACGAGGCAGAGCUAGAGCGCACAGAAGUGUCCAUAUCCAGAGAACAACGCCGGCAAAAGCGGUCUGUCAAUCGUCGUGGUGGUCCAGCCUUACCGGACCUGAAGGACCGCCAACGGACCAUUCGAACAAUGCUUGUGUCGUCUGUCAUUCCCAACACCGCUUCUUCCGUCGAGGAAAGCAAUCUGUUCAAAAGAUCUGGCUCGAGUCGGCAUAGGCGUUCUGCUGUUGGACAGCGGGAUAUUGGCGAUGAGUCGGACGAGUCGGACAGUGACGACUCGUCAAUCACAGGAUCCCCAGCAAUCGGUCCUAAUUUGGCUCAAGGCACUGCACGUACGAGGGGCAUGAGAGGGGCCGCAACUGCAGCCCACGCUGCUCUACGAGCCAAUCUAGGUCAUUCCGCAACCCCCGAACCUCUCCACGAAGGCAGAGUUUCUGCACGACGACGGGACUACAGAGAAGAAAGCAUUGAGGAGCCCGAAAAGCUCGUCGUGAAACUCAGGAUCUCACCUCACAAAUUCCGUCAAUACCUAACACAUGGACUUCAAUCGGCUCUCGCCCUCUCAAAACAUACGCCUGGGCCGCAACCAUCGCAACGUGGCACUCCUCAGGCCCAGACACCAACAUUGAGCUCCAUGGCACCACCAUCUCACCCUCAACCGCACGUUCGGGUGCCUAGCGCCAGCGCGGCAUCGCAGUCACCUGUCCCUCCACAACAGCUUGGUGCCCUCGAUGCACCCCACCCCCCUCAACCGGGUGUACCUGGGCCACCACCCCCAAGCUGGCUUGCCGCAGGCCUUGCGCGUUUAAAGCGGUCAUACCCAAACGACUCGUUCGAGGGUGUGAUGCGAUACACCGCUGUCGACACGGAAACCAUGCUACCGGUUGCCAACGCAAACAGCCAGCCCGGGCAUAAGCUGAAAUACCAAUACUUACCUCGGAUCCGCUGCCACGAUUGCCCCGGCAAGUUGUACACUCCCGGCCCCAACAUGACCGUGGACAACUUCGAAGUCCAUCUCCGGAACCGACAACACAAAGAGCGCGUGGAGGAAAGACUCUCCAAGAGCGCUGCUGGUGGCGGCAGCGCAUCAUAG